CAGAGAGGUUUGGCUCUAGGUUAGUUAGCUCCUCUCUUCCCUCUCUCUCUCUCUCUCCCUCUCUCUCACUCUCUCCUUAGUUAUACCCAUGCCCAUGCCCAUGCCCAUAGCUCAUGCUCAUGUCCAUUGCCCACGCCCACGUCAAUUAAGCAUCGACCUUCUGGCCUGGCCGACCUUUCUCUUCUCACUCUUCCAUCUUUCCCCAUCCAAACCAAACCAAACUCCACGACCACAAACCAACAACCGCUUCUCCUUUCAUCAGCGACUGAAGGAGACUUUAUCGGCGGCUUGAUCAACCCGUUAACCACUUAGUUGACCUUUUUUCUUUCGCAUUUCCCAACAAUAACCCCCCAGCCUUACGCUUCUCCCAUAUCCCCCCCUAAUCGCACAUUCACAAUGGCUGAGAUCCGCCGAAAGUUGGUUAUCGUCGGUGACGGUGCCUGUGGUAAGACUUGUUUGUUGAUCGUCUUCUCCAAGGGCACCUUCCCUGAGGUCUACGUCCCCACCGUCUUCGAGAACUACGUCGCCGAUGUCGAGGUCGAUGGCAAGCACGUCGAGCUGGCCCUCUGGGAUACCGCUGGACAGGAGGACUACGACCGUCUCCGACCUCUAUCAUACCCCGACUCUCACGUGAUCCUCAUUUGCUUUGCUGUCGACUCACCCGAUUCUUUGGACAACGUUCAAGAGAAGUGGAUCUCCGAGGUCCUUCACUUCUGCCAAGGUCUUCCCAUCAUCUUGGUUGGUUGCAAGAAGGAUCUGCGAUACGACAACAAGACCAUCGAGGAACUCCGCAAGACCAGCCAGAAGCCCGUCUCUCCUGAGGAGGGUGAGGAGGUCCGCAAGAAGAUCGGUGCCUACAAGUACCUCGAGUGCUCAGCCAAGACCAACGAGGGUGUCCGGGAGGUAUUCGAGCACGCUACCCGUGCCGCUCUCCUGUCCCGCAACCGUCCUGGUCGUGGCCACAAGGGCGGCAAGUGCAUGAUCCUAUAGACGGUUCAG